CUCAUUAAAUUUUCUCAACCUUAGAUCUCUUCACUUUCUUCUUCAUCUUUCUUUCUUCUUCCUUUCUUUCUUCUUCUUCGAUCUACUAUGGAAAAUUCCACAUCAUCUUCACUAAACACACAAAAUAAUCUAACUCCAAAAACACCAUCAAGAACUAAUCAAUUAAUUCCAGGUUUUAAUUCAUAUCACCCAUCACCAUCAAGAACAAUAUACAGUGAUCGUUUUAUACCAAGUAGAUCUUCAUCUAAUUUUGCACUAUUUGACCUACCAUUACCACCACAAUCAUCAUUAUCUGAAGAUUCAAACAAUGCAUAUACUACACUGCUUCGUUCAGCUUUAUUCGGGUCAGAUUGCGGGUCGGUUGUUCCACCUGUUACACCUGACAAAUCUUCGGGUUUGAAUUCAAGAAACUUGCAGAUUUGUAGACCCAAUUGUAAUAUUUUUCGGUAUAAAACUGAGACCAGGCAAUCUUUACAGUCAUUAUCGCCUUUUGGGUUUGAUGAUCAACUUCCGGGUUUUAGUCCUAGCCCGGUUAAAGCGACCCGGAAAGUUCCAAGAUCGCCUUUUAAGGUAUUGGAUGCACCGGCACUGCAAGACGAUUUUUACCUGAACCUUGUGGACUGGUCUUCGCAUAAUGUGUUAGCUGUAGGGCUAGGGAGCUGUGUGUAUCUAUGGCAUGCAUCUAGUAGCAAGGUAGUGAAGUUGUGUGACCUUGGAAUUGAUGAUAGUGUUAGUUCAGUUGGUUGGGCACAACGGGGUACGCAUCUUGCUGUUGGAACAAGUAAUGGCAAAGUCCAGUUAUGGGAUGCCUCGCGUUGUAAGAGGGUAAGAACCAUGGAGGGACAUCGAUUACGAGUUGGCGCACUGGCAUGGAGCUCGUCUAUGCUAUCUUCAGGAAGCCGAGACAAGAGUAUUCUUCAGCGUGAUAUACGUGCUCAAGAAGAUCAUGUCAGUAAGCUGACUGGUCAUAAAUCAGAGGUUUGUGGGCUCAAAUGGUCUUAUGAUAACCGUGAAUUAGCUUCAGGUGGAAAUGAUAAUAGGCUUUUUGUAUGGAACAACCAUUCAACACAACCUGUGCUGAAAUACUGUGAGCAUACUGCUGCUGUAAAGGCCAUUGCAUGGUCUCCCCAUCUCCAUGGGCUUCUAGCUUCUGGUGGUGGCACAGCUGAUCGAUGCAUUAGGUUCUGGAACACCACGACUAAUACACAUCUCAGUUGCAUGGACACUGGCAGUCAGGUCUGCAAUCUUGUGUGGUCUAAGAAUGUCAAUGAAUUAGUCAGCACACAUGGUUACUCUCAAAACCAGAUAAUAGUUUGGAGAUAUCCGACAAUGUCUAAGAUAGCAGCUCUGACAGGCCAUACAUAUAGAGUCUUAUAUCUUGCUAUCUCUCCAGAUGGACAGACAAUUGUAACAGGAGCAGGAGAUGAAACACUUAGAUUCUGGAAUGUUUUCCCUUCUCCCAAAUCUAAGAACACCGAGUCUGAAAUUGGUGCAACUUCGCUUGGUAGAACUCAGAUCAGGUGAUAAAUUGUAAUUAUUUUCCACUACUAGAAAUUGUUCCCUCAAGAAAUACAAUCAGCACAGCGACCGCACCACAUUUUUCUGCUCGAUGGAGCGGCAAUAAGUUGCAGGAAGCUGGAAGGCUAAACAUGCAACUGAUCGGAUGAUCUCUGUCAUCUAGCAAUUUAUUUUGAAUCAAUUAUUCUUUUAUUAUGUCAUGAGUGUACAGUUGGAGAUGUUAUUUUAUUCUCAUUAACAUCUCUUAUUCAUCCUGUAAUAUAUGGGGAGAGUGAAAGAGGUUCUUUUGUUAGGGAAAUCUAAUGUAAGGAAAACCUCAGAUUCUUCUUGUAAAUAAAAGUUAAGUAUACCUUUUUUCCUCGGAUUCAUGAAUA